AUGAGAUAUGCAUGGCGGCUACGCACGCUAACAAGAAGCUCAAGGCGAUGGCUUUCGCAGGCAUGCAAGGAAGAAGAAAGCCUCACGAAAACUCGUCCCUUGGAUAUUCGAAACAUCGGUAUUGUUGCUCAUAUCGAUGCUGGUAAAACAACGCUUACUGAACGCAUGCUUUAUUUGGCUGGAGUUAUCCGUCAUAUGGGCGAUGUUGACUCCGGGAACACUGUCACAGACUUUCUGGACUUGGAGCGAGAACGAGGAAUCACCAUACAACUCGCCGCAAUAACAUUUGGUUGGAGGAAGCAUAGGAUUAAUCUUAUCGACACACCUGGCCACGUUGAUUUCACAGUGGAAGUCGAGCGAUGUGCUAGAGUUCUCGAUGGCAUCGUUACUGUUUUGGAUGCGUCGUCUGGAGUUCAGGCGCAGACGUUGACGGUAUGGCGCCAAGCUGCGAAAUUUCGUCUCCCCUCAGUGUUUUUUGUUAACAAAAUGGACAAGAAAGAGGCGGACUUCAAAAGUUCCGUUGAUUCGGUUGAACAGAAGUUAGGUAUCAAAGCAUUGGUCACAGCAUCUCCAUUCCAUGAGAAUAAUAGGCUAUGCGGUAUCGUUGAUGCUGUGCACAAAAAAUUCGUUCCUCUUGUAUCUGAUGGUCAAUGGCAGAAUAUUGAGCUUGAUAGUCAUGAGGGAGAAGUUCUCAGUGCAUCUCGAGAGAAUCUUUGCUCAUUGGUCACAGCAUCUCCAUUCCAUGAGAAUAAUAGGCUAUGCGGUAUCGUUGAUGCUGUGCACAAAAAAUUCGUUCCUCUUGUAUCUGAUGGUCAAUGGCAGAAUAUUGAGCUUGAUAGUCAUGAGGGAGAAGUUCUCAGUGCAUCUCGAGAGAAUCUUUGCUGUGAGUUGUCCGAGCUUGAUUCGGAGUUUAUGU